UUUCGUUGCUGCAUUGUCUGUGCUCAAGAACUGAGGCGCAGUUUUGGACGUUUCGAACUUCUGUGCGGUGUUUAUUUUUUUGAAAGUGGUGUGACUUACGGAAAAAUAUAUUAUACGACUCGCAGAGCUGGAAGCUUGGUGGAAGCUGCCUUUGGAAAACAUAAUUUGAUUAUAAAAAUAGAAUACUUGAAAACAGCGACAAAGAAAACAAUAUGCUGAAGCUAUUUUUAUACAGUUUUUUUUCUCCACGCUUGUACAGGAAGCACAGAGAUGGACCCUGUGAAGUCAUUUAUAAACCUAAUAGCAUGGAAAAGUGGGGUGAUUUAGUUAUCAAAACUGUAAAUAUUCUUACAAGUCUAAGCUACUAUGCUUCACCAUUCAUUGGCAUGUAUAUUUACCAAAAAGGCUUUUACACUUUUGAGAAGUUACAAACUCUUACUCCUGUAGCAACUGGAUUUGCCUGGGUUGUGGUGUUGUCAAUUAUAAUACGAGCUAUUGGAAGGGUGACUAAUCCCAAGUAUGUCGGAUUUCUGAGGAUUUUCAUUAAUACUACUCUUGACCCUGAAAGCUAUAUGCAAUCCCUGAGAAAAUAUGAUUUUGAAUUCAAAUACUGGCCUGUUUCGUACAGCAUUACAGCCUCGGAUCCUUCUUGGCUGGAGAUCAACCCUUUCAGUCGAUGCUCUCACCCUGAACUGCCUACGUAUAAAAGGAUUCCACUUCAACUGUUGGCAUUUGUUGUUGUACACACAUUUGGAAUGAGACUUAUCUACCCAGGGACAAUUGCUCUUGUCGUUUCAUCAUUGUGGAGAUUCCUAUUAAUAGGCAGAUCUCAACUUGUUGAGACAUUUGGUGGACUCCGUGCGAAAUUGCAGACUUGCGACGGAAACUUUUUGGACACUAUGUUCGUUGAUAAAAGGGAGAAAACAGACAGAGGGAAUACUUUGGUUGUAUGUUCUGAAGGCAACUCCGGAUUUUAUGAGAUAGGUGUCAUGUUUUCUCCAAUAAAAGCUGGUUAUUCUGUGUUGGGUUGGAAUCAUCCAGGGUUUGCUGAAAGUACGGGCAAGCCUUUUCCAUCUCAAGAACAAAAUGCAAUUGAUGCCGUCAUGCAGUAUGCUAUAAAUAUACUGGGCUUCAAGGUUGAGGACAUUGUCCUCUUUGGCUGGAGCAUUGGUGGUUAUACUGCAGCUUAUGCGGCUUCUACCUACCCCGAAGUUAAAGCUUUGCUGCUGGAUGCGACAUUUGAUGACAUUUUGCCAAUUGCUCAGAACCAAAUGCCACAAUCAUGGGCUAUACUUGUUGAAGAAAUCAUCCGUACUUAUGCCGACUUAAAUAUAUCUGAGAUGUUAGAAAACUACAAGGGACCGAUAUGUCUGGUGCGACGGAAUAAUGACGAAGUGAUUUGCUUAAGACAAGGAUUGAUUCAUACAAACCGUGGCAAUAAUCUUGUGAAAAAGCUGAUCGAAACCAGAUAUACAAACUUAACAAAUGAAGAAUUGCUGUUGGUGGACAAAUAUGUCCGUCUUUUUGGUACACAUCGGGCUCUCUUGGAAAAAAGAGACAUUGGAGAAAGUGACCGUAAAAUUUUGAAAUUGAUUUCGAAACACAUGCAAGAAUUGAAUGGAACCCACUGCAUACCGUUGCCGGACCAACAAUUCAAAAACAUUCUGGACUCAAUAAUUGAAGCUUAAAAUACCUAAACAUAAGUUGGUGUGGGUAUUUACUUAAAAAUAAAAUUACAUUACCUUGCAAUAGUGUCUAGCCCUAAUGGCUUUAGUAUCAUUUACUAUCACUUUAUCUUUUUUCCAAAAUAAAAUUAAAGUAAAAUUAUUUUAAAUUGUCUCAAAAUGUAACAGCUCUUUGCCAUCUUCAUUAUUACAAAACUAAGCUCUAAGUGGUCAGUUACAAAGUUAUUAUUCUUUUCAAAUAUCUUGGCAGCCCAAGAUCAUGGGCAAGUUUUCUGCGCAGCGACUCGGUCAAAGUUAAAAGCCGCCAACAUAUCUGAAAACUGCUAUCGGCUAAAAUGUUGAAAUUUAAAACUAUCUCAUCUAUAUCAUAUCUAAACUCAUAUCGGCUAAAAAUAUAUACUAUUUUAAAUUUCUUUAAUAUGAUAAUGUUGACCACUUAUUUAUUUUCAUAUAUAUGCAUAAAUAUUUAUCAAUAUAUAAUGUGAGUAUAACCCUAUAUAUAUUUGAUUGACUACUGUACUUGUCUGAGUUCUUUGACAACAAGAUAUCAGACAAAUAAAGUAGCCAGUACAGUCAAGAUGUUUCUUAUAAAAAAAUUGGUAAUAGAAAUUAGUACUUAAACGUAAUCAAAAGUGUGUAAUAUACAUGCCAUAUUUGGAUGAUUAUAUAUUUAAAUUAUCAUUUAAUUAAAAGCAUCGCAUCUUAUUACUAACAAAAAACCUACUGUUUGGAUGGAUGGAUAAAUGAAUUGAUGGAUAUUUGUUAAAAGGUUUCUCUAGAAUGGCGAAACAGAUCUCGUAAAAUUUUGGUACAGAUGUAGAAUACAUAGGUUUAUGGCCCUGGAAAUGUUCUGUGGGAUAUAUUUGAUUCUAAUUUUUUUCUCAAUAACUUCACAACAGUUAAAACAUCAUAUUGAAAUUUAACAUAAAUUUAAAAACCUUUUUAAAUCUGUGCAUACCUAGUUGUGAGCAAAACCGAGUUAUUUAAUAAUCCAAGGAAAGUGACUAACAUUUUGUAUAUUUCCAUGAGGCCAAAACCUAGAGCUCACCUUAUUGCAUUUAUUUUACUGUAACAUUGUAAUAAUCCAACUUUUAACCAGCAGUGUAUGUGUGUGUGUGGUGUUAAAGAUAACUAGAAUGUAAGACAAUUUUAUAUAUGUAUUACUUAUCUAUGUUUAUUAUUUAUGUAUAUUGUUUUCAUAAUAUGUAUAACUAUAACAUAGACUUAAACAAUAUCAAUUCUAAUGGCCAAGUAUCACAUUAAAAUUUAUUUUUU